AUGAGCCUCGACCAGCUCCCGACCUUUGCCACCGCGGCGAUCGCGACGCAGACAGACGCGACGAAAGGCCGCUUCGUGACGGCCACCAAGAGCUUUGCGCCUGGGGACAUUGUGUUCAAGGACGAGGCUUUUGUGUACGCAACGUGCGACUGCGAAGCACUGCUCGAGGAUGUCACGCAGUUUGCCAAGCUCCUCGACGAGACCGAGAGCCAGCCCGAGUACGCCAAGUCGAUGCGCAAGUCCUUUCAUAAGAUCUUGUUGGCCAUGAUGGACAUGGACAUCAUCGGCGACGUCGACCGCGCCAAGUGCAUUCUCAAGGUCGUCACCAAG